AUGGCCUCCGGGGAUUUGGCUGUAGGAGUGGUGUGCUUAUCACAGACUGUGGUUGGGCUCAUGGGGAACGUCUCUCUUCUUUACCAUUACCUCUUUCUUUACUUCACUGGGUGUAGGCCGAGGUCAACAGACUUGAUUGUUGUGCACCUGAUUAUAGCCAACUUCUUAUCCCUCCUCUCUAGAGGAGUCCCCCAGACCAUGGCAGCUUUUGGGUUGACACUUUUCCUCAAUGAUAUUGGAUGCAAACUUGUCUUCUAUGUCCACAGAGUGGGCAGGGGUGUGUCCAUCAGCACCACGUGCCUGCUGAGUGUCUUCCAGGUGAUCACGAUCAGCCCCAGGAACUCCAAGUGGGGAGAGCUUAAAGAGAAGGCUCCCAGGUACACAGGCUUUGCUAUUUUCCUGUGCUGGCUCCCAUACAUGCUGGUCAAUAUCAUUUGUUUCAUGUAUGUGACUAGCAAAUGGGGCAACACCAACAUCACAAUAAAAAAGGAUUUAGGAUACUGUUCUGGGGAAGGUAAUAAUGAAAUCUCAGUGUCACUAUGUGUACCAAUGUUGUCAAUCCCUGAUGUUUUCUGUGUGGGGCUCAUGCUCUGGGCCAGCAGCUCCAUGGUUUUCAUCCUGUUCAGGCACAAACAGCAGGUCCAACACAUCCAUAAGAACGAUCUCUCCCCCAGAUUCUCCCCUGAGUCCAGAGCUACCCACAGCAUCCUCGUCCUGGUGAGCAUGUUUGUGUCUUCUUACAUCCUCUCCUGCCUUCUUCAAGUUUGUAUCGUUUUUUUGGAUAAUCCCAAUAUUUUAGCAGUAAAUGCUUCAGCCUUAAUCAGUGUGUGUUUCCCAACCCUGUGUCCCUUCAUUCUCAUGAGCCGUGUGUCCAGAGAACCCAGGCUUUCCUUUGCCUGGAUAAAGAUUACAAAAUCUCCUAAACCCAUCAUAAACAUGUAA